UUUUAACUAUUGCACGUUACCGUGAUAUUUCUAAUACAGUGUUCCGUCCACGGUCAAUCAGGAAUUUAAAAAGUCACGCUACGUUGUCAUGGGGGAACUUGUGUAGCAAAUAAUGAAAUGAGUGGGUUGUUUUGAUUGAACCACAUGCUGAGUAACUCAAAAUAGGAGGGGAAAUACGUAAGUCAUUACUAGAGGGAAAAAAAGGGGGUGAAAAUCGUUUUAGCGACAGUCAUUUAACCGAGAAUUCAUUUGACUGACAGUCAUUUGCCUGCAAAUUUAUAUCGCUGGGAAAACGUCUUUGGCAAUAGGUAGAUGGCCGACAGGCAUUAGCCCGAAAGUCAGUUUGCCGAAAAGUUAUUUGACCUACAGUCGUUUUCUCCGACGUUUCCGUGGAAUGCCUUUCGGUCCACUGGCCGCUGCCCUUGAAGUGAACUGGGAAGAGCCGUGCAGACAGCAAGCAGGGAAUGAACCAAGCAGGUGCUUUCUACGGGACUCGCCCGGAACCGUCGACCGCGACCCGUGUUAGCGACGCGACGCUCGGACGCGGCCCACUUGUCCGGGUCAUCCGCUAUCCCGUCUUUGAAAAAAAAAUACGUAUCCGUAGUCGCCAGUUUUUUUUUAUAGCUCGCGGUUGUUUUUAGCAAGUCCUUCGUUUGAGUGUCUGCGUUGUAAAACCGUUAAUUUGUUUCGAUACACUUUUAUGCAGAAUUGUACUGUUUUUAAUUUGUGUCUAGUAAAUCCCAUAAGCAUUGGUCAUUUUUUGUAACAUUUGUAAAAAUAUAGUACUGGGGAAGAUCUGUUUUUUCAGAUAGAAAUAUUAAAUAAAAAUCUCGAAACGUGCACCUAUAGCUUAGGUAUUUAAUAUUAAUAUUAUGAUUUUAUUUACACGCAUUUUAAAAUCAAAGUAUCAAGGUUUUUUUACAGCUGUAUGCAGUGUGAAAGUAAUUUUACGUAAAUUCGCAUCAGUAGCAUAUCCCGCGAAUUUUUUUUUAUAUCACGCCACCUAUAGAAAAUUCAGAGCAACAAGCGGCGAAACUGUUGUUUGUACAUUUUUUCCUCUGAUUUUUGUUUCCGUUUCCCUCCAGAAUUCUUUGCGAUUCGUAAAAAUACCGAGUGACUUCGCGGCAUUCUCCCGUGCGUGCGACGGAACCCACCGUGGAACGGAAGCCGUGAUCAGCGCGGAAGUUGUUGCCUCGAGGAAGCGGCAGUGCGCGGCCGGCGAUGCAGACCUGAAAGGACCCGCAAGUGAUCGGGCAGCAGCGCCGCCAUGUACCGGGUGCGCCUCUACAUCGUGCCGGAGGAGUCCGGGCCGGACCAGCCGGAGCCCGGAGUCCCCGUCAGACACGUGGCCAGGGUGCAGGUGCCCCUGGGCGAGCCUCGGGAGCAGCCCUGCGGCGAGCUGCGGCUGGAGGACGACAAGGAGUUCGACCUGGAGCAGAAGAUCGACCUGGAGAUCAAGAUGCGCGAGGGCACGACGAAGCUGCUGGCGGCGUGUCGGCACCAGGCGCAGACCCUGGAGGCCGCCAAGAGCCUGCUCACCUCCAACGAGCGCAUGUCGGCCUACAUGGCAGAGCUGCAGCGGCGCAAGAAGGAGCCGCCCUCCCGCGGCCUGGGAUACGGCUGCAAGCCUUGCACGGCUCGGGUGUCGCUGUCCGACCUGAGAAUGCCGCUGAUGUGGCGAGACACGGACCACUUCAAGAACAAGGGCGAUUACCGGCGGUUUGCGGUGUUCUGCCUGGCGCGCAUCGGAACAGAAAUAUACGACACCACGCUUCUGUGCCCCGUCGACCGAUCGCUCACCGACCUCACUUUCCCUGACGUUCUUCUCUUCAACCAAAUUCCGGCAGAUUUUGAGUUUCGGCUUGAAGUGUACAGUCACAUCCUGCAGGAUGACUUGAGCAUUGCAAGCACGCCACGAAAAAUAAAAAAAACGAUCCACAGUUCGAUAAGUCGCACCGUUGGAAAGAAAUUGGCCGCUUCUCUGCGGGAUGAACUGAACUCUGGCAAGAUAGGACCCCAUUUCGAGUUGAUGGCGACGGCCAAGCUCACCCUGAGCGACGUCCACGAUAGUGUGCACACCCAUGACCUCAAAGUGGAAAGUGUUGAGCCGAAGAGCCACCAGCUGCCGCUGUUCGGGCACUUCUGCUGCCGCCUGGCCGCGCAGCCGGAGUGCGUGAGCGCCGAGAGCUGCUCGGGGGACAUGUGGGUGCAGGAGGCGGGCCAGUGGACGGGGCCCAUGUGGGCGCAGCUGCAGGCCUUCCGGCUGGACCUGUGGAGCGGCCGCGCCGACUGGGAGCAGGGCCGGGAGCCGCUCAGGACCGUCCCCGUCGACAGGAACACGCUGAUCCAGCCGAGCAAGACCUCGACCAAGGAACUGCUGCUGCUGAACCGCUGCGACGGCAAAGAGGAGCUGUCUGUCCUGCGCACCAAGACUUCGGACGAGCUGCUGAGGUGGCUGAAACACCUCGUGCAGCACUCCAAGGACCAUCUCAGGUGGCGGCAUGCAGCUGAGAAGAUAAUGGACAUCCAGACUCCGGGGUCCACAAGGCAUUCCUUCACUCGUGGACUGCGACAAGGUUCUCUGUACGACGAGACUCCCCUGAUCGAGUCUGUCUCGUCGGACUACCACCGGCCGACGGUCCAGGAGAUCUUCAGCAUAACGCCUUCGACGAGCCUGAGCUCGUGUGCAUCGUCCUCCUCCUCCCCGACAUUCCGCGAGCGUGCGUACAGCUCGGGCGGCAGCAAGACCAGGCCCAGCGCGUGGCCCCUGUCCCGCAAUCACGAGUGAAGGAGCGGCUUGCGUCGCCCAGCCAGGAGCUGCGUGUGCGCUCCACAAGACACUUCCCGGUAGUGUCUUUUCCAUGUUUGUGUACGGACUUUAACCACUCCGCUUUCAGAAGUGGUGUUUGAGGCUACAAUCUUGCUGCAGUCUGUGUUAGGGAGACUGUAAUGUGUUGUUUUUUAUUUUAUUUUUAAAGUCAAUGUUCUGACAAGACUAUUUAUUUAUUCCAAAGAAAUUCGAGUGCAACACGAUCUAACAAGGCUGUAUAACAGUUUAUAGUUUUUUUCAGUUUUCAAAAUGUAUUUCGUAUGUAGGGCAAGAUGGUGGUUAAGAAAAGUGUUUACCUUCCGUGCUGUCUGUAUAGUUUGUGAAUUAGGAUAUAGUUUGUGAAUUAAAAAGCCAGUAUUGAUUAGUGUCAAUGUAAACUUCUUAUUUGUUGACGGUGUAAGUGAAUUUGUUUAUUGUGCAUAUUGCACACUGUUCAUUUUUUAAACAAAAAAUUUGCAGAAUUUUAGUUGAACAAUUUUAAGAAAUGUUUGUAAAAAAAUUUCUUUAUCUGUGGAGGUUUUCAAACCUAUCAUUGUUUUGUUGCUACCAGUGUUUCAACAUACUGUGGUCACUAAAAUUAAUUUUAUAAAGUAAAUAUUUUCCAACUGACUUGUUUGUACAAGAUGACAUAAUAAAAGAUGACAAAUUAAUGUCAAAACCCACUACUA